GCGCUACCUGACGGCUCUCCAACAGUCCUUCCAGGAGGAGCCAGAUCCGUUGCCCAGCUCUGCAACUUGGGUGUUGCAGCGCGGUGCAGAGCUGCAAACGGCGUUGGAAACAGAACAGCAGAAAUUGAUGCUUCACAGGGACUUCCAUGCGAAACGCCAGAGAAGACAUGAGGAGCUUGAGGAGCUUCACGUCGCACAGGCAAAGUCCGUGGAAGCCGAAAUCAAAAGCCUGGAGGAUUGUGGAGCCCCUCGCAACCAAUGGAAGGCGGAAGUUCAUGCUCUUCAAGACGCGGAGUUGGUUUUUGCUGGGGAACCUUUGGUGGCACCACCGCACAUGCGCGGUGCGCGCGGUGCCAAGCUCUCCGCCAUGGAGGAAGCCGCCGAAGCUCUGGGGAUCGCGGUCAAUUGAUCGGCCCGAAAAA